CUCCGUGAACGUCGGCCCACUCUAUAAAUUUCGACGAAUCAUUGUACUACUGCAAACAAAACAGCAACAACAACAACACCAACAAGAAAGACUUUUCUAUCUCCUCUCUCUCUCUCUCUCUCUCUCUCAAACUCGCCUAAAUUAUUUUUGAGGGGCCUAUUUUACCAACUGCUUUUGUCAAUUUCUGCACUACAAUUCUACAAAUUCUUCACAUCCUUAAUUCAAACUUUUUUAAAUUUUAGAUCUUUCCCUGCAAUUUUUGUUCGCCAUUGGUCUGGUAUUUUGGUACUAAUUUUAUGCGAUUUUAUACUGUUUUGGGUCACAGCGCAUGCAUGUGGAUGAUAUAACUGGGUUCAUUGUUAAUUAUUGAUUGAAUUUGUUCUCCAAAUGCUCGGGUUUACCAGAGCAAGAACUCAGUCCAGAAACGGUAGAUCUUUGCCUCUUGCAGGCAUGGAUUACGCUGAUCCGAAGCGAAAGGGAAAUAUUGUUGGUAAACUUAUUGUAGCUGCUGGGUUGAUUGCAUUUUGCCUUAUUAUGGUUAAGCAGUCUCCAACUUUCAGCAGCCCAAGCCAAUUUUCCCGCCAUGAAAUUGGUGUCACCCAUGUCCUGGUAACUGGGGGUGCUGGCUAUAUUGGCUCCCAUGCAGCACUCAGACUUCUAAAGGACUCAUACCGUGUGACAAUUGUGGACAAUCUUUCUCGUGGGAAUAUGGCUGCUGUUAAGAUAUUGCAACAAAUGUUUCCAGAGCCAGGGAGACUUCAGUUUGUAUAUGCUGAUCUUGGAGAUGCUAGUGCUGUGAACAAGCUUUUCUCAGAAAAUGCUUUUGACGCUGUGAUACAUUUCGCUGCCGUUGCUUAUGUUGGAGAGAGCACUCUCGAUCCUCUUAGAUAUUAUCACAAUAUUACAUCAAACAGCUUGACAGUAUUGAAGGCAAUGGUAAAGCAUGGAGUACAGAAAUUGAUAUAUUCAAGUACAUGUGCCACAUAUGGUGAGCCUGAAAAGAUGCCAAUAACAGAGGAUACUCCCCAAGUUCCUAUUAACCCAUAUGGUAAGGCUAAGAAGAUGUCAGAAGAUAUCAUUUUGGAUCUCGCUAAGCAGAAUACAGACAUGGCUGUUAUGAUUUUAAGAUAUUUUAACGUCAUUGGGUCAGAUCCCGAUGGAAGGUUGGGGGAGGCUCCAAGACCUGAGUUGCGGGAGCAUGGACGGAUUUCAGGUGCCUGUUUUGAUGCAGCUCGUGGAAUUACUGCUGGACUAAAGGUAAGAGGAACAGAUUACAAGACUCCAGAUGGCACUUGUAUACGGGAUUACAUUGAUGUGACAGAUCUGGUUGACGCUCAUGUCAAAGCUCUUGAAAAGGCAAAGCCAGGCAAGGUCGGAAUCUACAAUGUUGGUACAGGAAAAGGUAGAUCUGUCAAAGAAUUUGUGGAGGCAUGUAAGAAGGCGACUGGGGUGGAUAUCAAGGUUGAUUAUCUCCCUCGUCGUCCAGGUGAUUAUGCGGAAGUUUACAGUGACCCAACAAAGAUUAAGGAGGAGCUGAACUGGACAGCGAGGCAUACAGAUCUCGAAGAGAGCUUACAGACAGCGUGGAGAUGGCAGAAGGCUCACCGGAAUGGCUAUGGACCAACCCUAGCAAAAGCUAUAUAAGUGAGCGUACCCGCUUUAGGUCUUUAUUAAGGCUAAUGUAGACCUUGUUUUGAGAUGCAUAGCUCCUGAUUAGAGAUCACAUAGGAGAAGAGGAUGGUGAAUUUGGAGGGUUAUAGGUAAUUUAUUCAUUAUUAUUGUUAAAUAUUAUUUACUUAUUAAGUUGGGUAGAAUUGUAGGGAGAAAUAAUUCAUUUGUUACAUCAUGCCUUCAGCCCAGAACGAUGUAUAAUUAAACAAUAAUCAUCUCAUUAAGAGGCUUCUCUAGAUUAUGAAUCAUUUUUGGCGCAUACUUCUAUUCAAUUUCAACUGCAGAACUGCUAUCUUCUCUUUA